AUUCUCGCCCUUGGUGACGAGUCAAAAAUGACGUAGUUCCCUCAUUUUUACCUUCUUAUUAAGUUAAUGAAGUCGAAACAGUUUUAUCUGAUACCAUGUCAACAGCUUUAAUUUUUCGGAUAAGAUUAACACUUUAUCUGGUUAUACUUAAGUUCAUCACAAGUCAUGGUUGUGAAAAUUACGACAAUUGGUGCUUGAAAUACGUCGGAAGUACAAAUUAUAAUGACGGUUUAAGCCAAUGUAAAAGUCAGAUUGGAAACGAUGCUUUUCUUAUUCAUUAUCAAGCGAAUUUAAUAAAUAAAUUAAAAGAUAUCAAUAAAAGUAGUUCUAAUAAGAUUUGGCUUGGGUAUCAAGCAAUAGAGGACCAAAAUGUUGGUGACAGUUUUAGCCGACCUAAUUAUUGGUCUUGGUCUUUAGACCAUACCAUUUUGUAUGAGCAAGGAUGCUUUCAAGAUAAUUCUAUAAUGCCUGAUCUUGAUUCGAAAUACGAACAAAUACUUCCUACUCAAAUAGAUCCCACUACAUGCGGGAAUAUAUGCAGACUAAAAGGGAAUAAAGUUGCUGGAAUUCAGAAUGAUGGUGGAGGAAAUAUCUGCUUUUGUAGCGAUAAAUACGGCCGGUACGGGGCCACAUCUUCAUACUAUUGCACAAUCGAAUGUGUAACAAGUAAAAAAGGUAAUUGUGGAGGAGCUGGUGCAAAUAUUGUGUUCUACGUUGACGGAGCUCUUUCAAAAUGGAAGAAAAAUCAGCCAGAUGGAUCAAUAGAUUCGGGAAGCGCCUGCGCUUUUACGACAAAAAAUGAUAAAUUAGAGAUGUCUGAUGAUGAUUGUACUAGUUUAAAAGGGGUUUUAUGUCAAAACGGUCUUGAUACAUUUAUAUAUUCGAGUACGAAAUUAAGCUGGUGUGAGGCCCAAAAUGAAUGUUUGAAGAGAGAUAUGAACUUGAUUCACUUGAAUUCGACAGAAGCUAUUGAAAAUACUACAGCAUAUCUUGAUUCAUAUGGUCUUUCUGGAAACGAAGAAUUCUGGGUUGGAGCAACCAGACAAUCUUGGAAAAUUAAUGGAAUCGAUAGAUAUUUGACCUAUUCAAAUUGGUCAGUUUGCCAACCUACUGAAAAUCUGAACAAAGUAGAUAAGGCAUGUGUUGCCAUUAAUCUAGAAACUGGUGAAUGGACUACAGAAAAAUGUUCUGAAAAUUAUGGAGUAAUAUGCGCAACGGAUUAUGUUACGACGACAAAUGAACCAACGUCUACACCAACACCAAAACCGACUACAAAGACAACUGAAAAGCCUACAACCACUCCUACAAAGCCAUCGACUAAACGAUCAACGAGACGAACAACCAAAACAACAACUACCAGAGACCCUUCUAGAACCUAUCCUACAAAUCCUCCACCAGAGACAGAUCGACCAACAACUCAACCUCCAGAUCCACCGACUGAUCCUCAAGUAGGAUUUUCUAAGAAGAAGAGUUCUUUAAAUUUUACAAGAUUUCACGCAGGUCUUAUAGUCAUAUUUGUCCUCUUGAUUCUGGGUAUCUUUUUCCUUAUCUUAUUGAUAUGUUAUGUGCAAAAUGCCGGAUUUCGGGAAAAGUUCAAAUUUAAUGAACCGUGGAAAUUCGCUCCUAAAGAUGAUACAGCUCGCUUAACAGCUAAUAACUCAACUCCAAGCGUAUACGACGAUACUUAUGACGCUCGGGUUGAUGCCGUUAAACCUCAAAGUCAAAUCUAUAACGAAUCAGCUGUCCAAGCUUUGAAUGGAAAGGACGCCGCUGAUUCUCACAGGGAUAACCCAGUUAUUGGUGUACCAACUGAAAGUGGUGCAGUUUUAAGGUACGAAACAAAAGUUAGACGAAUUAGUAUUCGUAAUAACGAAGUAGACGAUGCUCUUGAAACUGUUCGCUCUCGAUAUUCAACAGAAGCAUAAAAUUAUAUGUAAAGUAUGGAAAAUUGAAGAUUUUCCUCUAUUGAGUCACAAUUGAAUUUUCUUUUCUAUGAAUUAAAUAGACUUUUUUCAUGUCUUUCUUAAAUGUUAGUCUCCAUUUCAUAAAUUAAUUUAUGCUAUAUCUUUAAUUCUAUUCUUGAAAAUACUGCAAAAAAUAUUUCUUAUACUGUAUUUAUACUUCGUAUACAUAAAGAGAUUAACUAAAAGGUAGUCUAACUUUAUAUUGUUCAAAGG